ACUGAAAUGCUUUUUAAUUUAAUUUCUUUAAGAGCUCAGAAAGUUGACAGAUGUUUCUAAAGAAAAUGAACCUUUCUGAAGGAAAUAUAUAACAGUUCUUAGAAUGUUAAUUAGUAACUGACUACAUUUAUUUAUCUCUCUGUUAUGGACAGGAACAGCUUGGCUACAGUUUAUCAAUAAGUGGCAAUGAUUUAACAUUUCAGUGUGUAAGAGCAACUCCUUUGCCAGACAUUUCCCUUGAUGUGUUCUUGCAUCUGUUCCUCACAUCCUCAGGGGAAGGAGAUAAGAUGUGAGGAAAUAAAACAAACAACGAAUCCAAGGAUGUAGAGAAAUAAGAAAUGAGAUGCACCACAUGACAGCUACAUGAAAAAAAAUUCUUCACAAAUCUUAACAUAAGCCUUCUGUAAAUCACCUUUCAGCGUUACUUUAUAAAAGAUUUAUGCAAGGAUUAUGAAUGUGUAAUGAACUCUCAGUGUAGUUAGCCACCUUUUAUUCACCCUUUACGCUGUUUUAUUUUGUAAGCCGGCAUAUCUAAUUUCACCCUCACUACUGAUCACAAACACACACACACACACACACACACACACACACACACACAGGAGUAUUUCUUUGGGGAUUACUUUCCUCUACAAACAAGCGUCAGAGCAGGUGUUUGCUUCUCUUUGCUUUUGGUGCUCACCUUUUUUUAAAGAGACCAUCAUCACAGGAAUAACAAAUAGGAAUGUAACACAUACAGGUUCUGGAUUGCAUAUUAAUUAAAUAAGGAGGGAAUGUGUAUGAUAAAGAGGUAAUUGAACAGAGGGAAUGAGUGGAAAUACAUCGCAUUCUAAUUUCAUCAGGUAAGAAUCACAUCACUGGUAUGUUUUCAUAAUGUUCUUAUGGUGUGUAUUAUUGUCAGAUAAAGCUUUUUUAACUGUAUCAAUCUAAUUUCCUAUAUUCCUAUAUGAAGUGAGAAGAUUUAGACACAUUUUCUCAAUUAAGAUUCUUAAAGUUUAGCAAACAUUUGUAGGUAGUUGAAUAUGUAACAGAGACUCCAUAGAUUUAUUUAUUUUUUUUUAAAUAUUCUGCUACUCGUCACUCCACAGUACCAGACUGCAGAACAGGAGGUGAGAUGGGGUGUGUGACUGUGAUCGAGCCUGUGGUGGGUCUGCAUGCCUUUGCCAUGUUUAUGACCUACCCGCUACUACAGCAGUAUAUCUACAGGAGGCUGUGGGAACAGCUGAGUGGUUCUCCAUUUCCUGUUAGUAUAAACCAGUCUCACUGCUCCAACAACUACACCAAUCUGAGUAUUCAUCAGGCUGUGCAAAGGGAAACUUCUCACUUCCUCAUCCAGACUGAGCUGUCCUUUCUCUUUCCCAGCCUGGUCUCCUCGCUGUUUCUGGUGUCAUACAGUGACUCCCAUGGCCGCAAGGUAGCCAUGGUUCCCCCUUUGCUGGGCAGUCUUCUCUUCACACUCACUUACUUCAUAGUGAGCAAGUACUCGCUCAGCCUCAGCUACCUUCUCGGUGCUGCUUUCUUUGCUGGGCUUUUUGGGGGUACAAGCACUCUGAUUGGAGGCUGUUUCUCCUAUGUGGCUGACUGCUGUGGUGAAGACCUGGCUGAGAAUAGAAAAAGAGAGAAGACUGUUCGAAUGGCCCGUCUAGACAUGGUCCUAGGUGUGUCGUCUGGUUUAGGCUCCCUUUGCACUGGGUUCUAUAUUCAAGCCGCUGGCUUCAGCUGGCCAUUCCUCUCAACAUCCAUACUUCAUUUGCUUAACCUGAUUUAUGUGCUAGGGAUCCUGAAGGAGCCUCAGGGUCCUUCGGUACAAAAUCUGACCACUAACAAGAGCUCUUCCAGCCACAGGGCAGAUGCAGAGGCUUGUCAUCUAGCUAGGCCUCCUGUCAUAACCAGGUGCUUUCAUGGUGAGAAGAGGGAAGAAUGGUGGGAAGAUCUUCUCCCAGAUCAGAGAAGGCUAAAUUUGAGCCAGCACUACCUGCUUUUUGCAGCUUCUACAAGGAGACGAAAUGCAGUGCUGCUGCUCAUCCUGAGUGCCUUUGUCUUCUACAAGAUGUCCAAAUUAGGUGCCAUGUCCAUCUUUCUCCUGUAUGAGCUGAAUCCUCCGCUGUGUUGGAGUGAGGUGCUCAUUGGCUAUGGAUCUGCUCUUGACACUCUGAUCUACCUGAGCAGUUUUGUUGGUGUGUCCCUGCUGUCACGAUGGCUGUCUGAUGCUCACAUCACCCUGCUUGGAUUAUUGAGUGUGGCCACUGGCUUCUUUAUGACCACCUUUGCCAAGACCACACUGCUUAUGUUUCUGGUGCGACUUCCGCUACUCCUCUCCAUCAUGCCUGCUCCUGUGAUGCGCUCCAUGAUGUCCAAAAUGGUACUGCGCUCUGAACAAGGUGCUGUGUUUGCAUGUAUGGCUUUUGUGGAAAUGUUGAGUUUUAGGGUGGCGUUCCCAGUGUACAGUAGCAUCUAUGCUGCUACCAUUUCCUGGUUCUCUGGGUUCACGUUCCUUCUAGCUGCUAGUCUAACGUUAAUACCAGCGUUACUGAUUGGUGUUGUGCUCUGGCUGCGACUGGACAUGGAGGAGGAGUCCAAAAUGCUGACUACUGAAGAUGACGGUGACAACAGCACAGUUUCUGAGAUAACUAACUACCAUAACUACUGA